CACAAAUCUCAAAUUAGUUACCAAACUCAGCUCGGACAACAACCGCACAAACGAAGUUCACAAAAUCAAGUGUAGCUCAGGCAACCAACCACCAAACACAAAACUCACUAACGUUUCUUAGCGCAUGCCCAAACCAGUGCAUUACAGCAGACGAUCAGCAGCGUCACAUGCUUAAGGCAUUUCCACAACCAGCAUGUCCGCAACAUCAACAUCAACAUCAACGACCAUGUCGCAAAGCAAUGACACAAACCCAACAGCAUCGGACGAUGACUACAUAACCGUUGUUGAAGUUGACGAUCCCACAUCGUCCACCAAAGACACAAACCACUUGAAGAAGCUAGUCAAACGGCAAAGCUCGGUGGCCGAAGACUCCUCAUUCAUCACCGUGCUCACCAUCAACGAGCAGCAGCAGCUACUCCAGCAACGGCAACAGGAUCAACAGGAUCAGCAGCCAGAGGCAGACGGCGGCACGGAGCACGUCACUGUAUAUCGUCUGCCAGGUGAACGUUUGGGUUUUGGCCUCAAGUUCCAGGGCGGCACACGCAACGCUGAGCUGGUCCAGAAAUUAUAUAUACAAUCCUGCGCCGCCGACAGUCCCGCCUCCAAGGUGGCCACCAGCUGGGGUCAUCUGCGCGAAGGCGACGAAAUACUGAGCAUCGAUGGCAGGCAAGUUGACCAAAUGACACGCAUCGAUUGCGUGCGCUGCUUGAAGGAUAAUGUGGCCAUCAAGCUGAUUGUGCGCAACGGCCAUGGGCGAAAGCCGCCCAGCGAGGAGGAGCAGCAGCAGCUGACCGAGCUCACCGAGCUGACCAUCUCACUGAACGCACAACCACCACCGCCGCCUCCAGUGCCGCCGCGCAAGCUGGUCAAGCGUCAGAAUUCCAGAGAGGGAGCACCCUCCACCGUGCAGCUCGUUGUGGAGAAGCCAUUGACACCGCCACCAGAUGCCGAGUACUAUAUCAAUCUGUUUGCCGAAUCCCUCAAGGCUGGCUCCGAAUCGGACGACACAGCGAGCACCAUUUCCACAGUCAUUGAUAAGCUCUCCAUGGGCUCGAAUUACUCCUCGGACACGGAGCUGGCCAGUAAUCUGAACGCACCCGAGCUGGCAAAGCUCGUGCAGCCAUUUACCCUGCUCGAGCAGGAAUUUCAGCUGGAACAGCCUCAGAUCAGUCAGCCCAAGCUGCUCAUACCAGGCAACAACUAUGAGAAUGUCGAGUUCAAAACGGAGAAAGUCAAUGUCUAUGAGAAUGUGGAGCUGAAGAGUCCGCUGGGCACGCCCACCCCCAAACCGCGUGUCCUGCUUGCGACCGUCGAGCCCAAGAAGCGUUCAAUUAUACCCAUGCCCCGCAAGAUUGCCACGCCGAGUAAGUUGCCCAUUGAGGUGGCGCCACCCAGAAUACCCAGUGAGAUUGAGUCACCGAAAACGCCCACAAAUGAGACGAUCAAGGAGAUUAGGGAUUACGGCACCAAGAUACCCAAGGCCAAGCUGUUGAGUCCUGGUUUCUCACGCGCCAAAACCGAAGGCGAGAUUAAGCUGCGUCUUCAGCCGAUUAAGCAACAGGCACCGCAGCUGAAAUCUCGUAUACCCAUUGUUACAACUCUCGUUCAGAAGUCGCCGCCAGCUAAUAAGUCAAUCAUAUCGGCCAGCUCCAACAUUCCUCGCCUGCUGCAAAAGCAAAAGUCUGAAACGGAUCUGAAAUUGGGAUUCUAUCGCAGCAAGUCCAAGGAAUCUAGUCCCAGUCCAGGGUAUCCGAGAGCGCCCCUCCAGCGUGCCAACUCAGCCGAGGCACCAGCUAGAACGACCCCAGAACGCACCUACAUACCCGUGCUGCUCAACACCAGCUCCAGGAGCAGCUCCAACUCAACAGAGUCGCUCAACUCCAUAUGCAGCAACGGCAGCAACGGACGUUCUCCCAAGGGACCCAAACCGAAGCCUCCGGAGCGUGUUCAGUCGCUGCAGAAGACGCAAAUCCCCAAGUUGCAGACGUUGCCAACGACGCCGCCUCAACAGCAGCCCAAGCUGAGUAUGCAGACCUUCAAGCAGUCAGCUGUCACUGGAACUCCGCCGAGCACGCCUGUGAACAUGACACCCUCACCGACCAGCAGUCGAGAGAUCCGCUUCAAGAUACAAACGUAUGAGAGCAAGGCACAGGAUGAGGACAAGUUGCCCAGUCUGUUCGAUCUGGUGCAUAAGCAGGAGACAGUCGAGAUACAGGAGAGCACUCCCAAAGUCCACCGAGAUAUCGGUGCUCUGCUCGCAGCUGCGGCUGCGGAGGCAACGGAUCUGGCUCGGGAAUCCCCGCCACCCUUGGUUGUUGGCAAGUGCACAAAAAUCAUGGACGAUAAUCAGAGCAACACCUGCUAUUCAAGCUCCAGCAGCGAUGCCGAUGACACCGAACAGGAUGAUGUCGAUGCCGCUGAACGAGAGUACAUCUGUGAGGAUGGCGAAAAGCUAGGACCGCCAGAGCUCAUCAAUGGGCCCGGUCCCUCGGAGGCUUACUUUAACAUGUAUUGGCAUUCGAAUAUGCUGCCCACCAUUGGCGAAGUUGAAGAAGAGUUCUCCUCGCUGGAGCCACAAUCGCUGACAAAUGGUGCGUUUGUGGACGAGUUGAAGAAGUUGCAGCCACCGAAGGUGCCAGCAAAAAUGGAAGUCCAAAUUAAAAGCGAUGAUAAGAUUGUUGCCCAUGACGCACCCGAGGGCGAUAAGACUGGCCAAACAUCUGACCCACUUGUAGAGAUCAGCACAACGAACCACAGUCAGGAGAAAACCAGCAGUAAAAGCACCCAAGAAGAAACCAGCGAAUGCAGCCAACAGGGCUCCACUAAAACCCACCGCACAGUUACCACCAAAGUGGUUACCACAAAGACAAGCAGCUCCACUUGCAGCAGCAGCAGCAGUAGCAGCAGCUCCUCUUCGAGCUUUAUGAGUCCCUCCGCUGACGUUGCCUUCAAGCUGCAACCGUAUGAGGAGCGUGAGGAGGCAACGAUACCACCAGCAACAACAACAACGAUUCGCGAGGAGCGACGUGUUGUUAGCGAGCAGCAGACGCUGAGCGAGCUGAGGACAAAGGAUGCAGUAACAGGUGAGGAGAAGCUGUUGACGAGCGCCGAGUCCGUGUCAAGCAGUGCGCGCUUCAAGAAGAUCAGCAGCAACGACAAUCUGCUCGACCUAGACGAUGUCGAGCAGCUGCAGCCGUUGACUGCCACCGUCGUCUCGGCGGAGACGCGUCUAACGGAGCGUCUGGACAACCCACAGGAUAAACAGAGUAUUGAAACGGGUACUCUGACCUUAUCCGAAUGUGGCAAGCAGCUGCAGCUAUCCGAGAACGGCGGAAUCAGCUACACCGAAUGCGAGCAGACCGAACAGCAAACCUAUCUGGAGGGUCAGCAGUUGCUCAAUGAUCAGCCAGUGGACGACAACGCUGCGCCCACCCUACAGCGGGAGCUCAGUGAAACGCUGACUGUGACCAAAGAUGGUGAAAAGCAGGUGACCAAGCGGUUGGAGCAGAGCAAAGAGACUGCCUGUAAGAAGGGCGCCAAGCUGCUGAAGAAAACCGACGAGGAGCGUCGCCUCGAACAGGAGGCGCAAAAAAUUAUCGAGAGCUAUCAAAAAGUCAAGAAGGAAACAGAGAAACUCUACAAUCUGGAGCUGGCGGAUGACGAGCAAGGCUUCGAUCUGAGCGCCUUCGAACAGGUCGAGGAUCAUGCAUUGCUCGAAGCUGAAGUGGAAGAGUCGGCAGAGCAGCUAGUUGAGUCUUCAGUGGAGAAGCUGGCAGAGCAGAUGGUUGAGGCUGAAGUGAAGCAGCAACCAAUGCAGCUGGUUGACCCUGAAGAGAAUAAGCAAGCAGUACAGAUGAUUGAGGAUGAAGUAAAGCAGCAAGCAGAGCAGAAGCUUGAUGCUGAAGUAGAGCAACAAGCAGUGCAGAUUAUUGACACGGAAGUAGAGCAGCAAGCAGUGCAGGAAACUGUUCCUGCUAAAGUCGAUGUUACUUUGCCAUCUGUCGAGGACGAUCUGGGCUAUGUGCUACACAAAAACAUCAUAGAUUCAUCAAAGCGGAAGGAAGUGAAGGCAGUGCUCAAACCGAAACCGAAAUCGAUACCGAAACCGCCGCUGCCCAGCAAUAAGCCAAAAAUGUCGCCCGUUUUGGUGAAACCGAAAACAGCUCCACCACCGGUGCCCAGCAAGCGCAGCGAGGUGGGAUUGGGUGGCAAGCCGAAGCCCACACAGCGUCGCAGCAGCCUGGAGCUGAGCGCACCCACACCUCUUGAGCGCAUCAUUGUGGGUGUGGAGCGGACGGAAGUCAGUCCUAUUAUUACGCUGGCCAGCGUUGAUCUGCCUAAUGUGACAUCAGCUGCUUCCAAUGAUGAAAAUCUUGUCGCCCAAGCUGUUGACCUGCUGCAAACGGAGUUGCACUUUGAGAGCCAUAAGCUCCCGAAUGAGGAGGAGCAGCGAGCGGUGGAUGGUGCUUUGGCCAGCGCGGAGGGGCAAGUAAAUGGCAUAGUUCUGAGUGCCAGCUCAUCGAUGACAUCAACAGCGUCGUCAUCGUCAUCGUUAGCGGCGACGCCAGUAACAACGCCAAUUUUGGUAUCAGCAACGUCAUCACUCGAUUCGGUCAAAAGUGUCAUCGAGGUCAUCAAUGGGAAUGGCUGUGACAGCGCCGGGAACAACAGCAACAACAACAGCAACAACAACAGCAACAACAAUAACAACAACAACAACUGCAAUAGCCUAAGUGGAGUUGCUGUUGCUGACGAUGAUGAGGAGCAUGUGGAGAAUGUGGCAAUGGUGUCGCCCGAUAGAGAACACGAUACAGAUCUUGGUACCCUAAACAACCACAACAACAUCAACAACAACAGCACUAUUAUCAGCACAACAACAACAACAGCAGCAGCAACAUCCAACAACAACAACAAGAAGAGCUUUGUGGCAACAACAACAACAUCAAAGACUACGAAUCCGACUCCAGCAACGACUUCGACUUCAACUUCGACACCGACUCUAAGCAAGAGUUUGCAGCAGAAGCAGCACAACAACAAAAUGGAGCUGCUGAGCAGCCCAACAGUAGCAACAACGACAACUGCAACUGCAACUGCAACAACAACGAGCACAAAACAGCUGUUGGUGCAGGAUUACCUGAGCUACGCUUCCCCACCGACCUAUUCCCGUCUGCCGCCCGAUGGCCAUGAGUUUCCGCCCAAUUUCAGUGAGCCACUGAUGAUGCAUACACAGCCUCAUUCCGCACUCCUUAAGGCGGCGGCCCUCAAAACGGAGCUCAGCUACGAGCACAACAACAACAACAGCAGCAGCAGCAACAACAAACUGGAAGCUGCACCACCGCUGCCCAAAACGGGACCACCGCCAACGGUGCCGCGUAAAUUGUAUCGCCAAGAUUUGGUCGUCAAUGUGGAGGAUGCGCGUUCAGCUGAACCAGCAGCAGGAACAGCAGCAACAGUAGCAGCGCCAACUGUUGCUCGUGAUUACCAACGUUCCUUGAGCGCCAGUUCGUCGCAUCGCAAGCCGAGCGAUUGGCGCAAAGAUGAAAAGUCCGAGAAGUCAGUGCGCGACAAAAUCGCCAUGUUCUCAUCCAGCAACGAACUGGACAGCAUUGUCCCACCCACGCCCACGCCCAUCUCCAGUUCCAGCUCCGCCUUCGCCCGCAAGCCACUCAACAUGAGCAGCGAGAAUCUGCUGGAGGCUGCCUCCUCCGCCUCCGCCUCCUCAACGCUGCUGAAGACGCGCGCCAUGAGCGUUGAGAACCUCAACGAUGUGCAGCGUCAAUACCAGUUGGCCAAGCAGUUGCCGCAGCUGCAUGUCGCCGACUCCAUGUACUCGCUGCAUACACUGGCCCACACGCCCACAGCCACACACCCACACACACACACACACACGCCCAACUCGAUGCCCAGCUACAGUUAUGCAUCGUUGCCGCGACGCAGUCAUGGUAGCGCUGCUGCUGCUGCCGCCGCCGUGGAGCGUCGCAUUAGUUUCUCGGGCGAGGGGGAUGCGGCGACGCGCAAGGCGGCCAUCACCAAUAUAUUGGAGCAGCGGCGUCGCAGCCUGUCCAAGCUGCGCGGCCUAGUCAUACCGGAGCGACCGCAGCUGCUGGAGCCAAUCCUCGAUCUGCCCGAGAUCAAGAGUCAGGUGAAGGCAGCCAGCGGCGAGGAUUCCACAGACAGCGGCCUGGGCGAGACACGACCCCUUCGACACAACAGCAGCAACGGCAACAACAGCAACAGCAACAUGAGCAACGGGAGCAACGGGAGCAGCAGCAAUGUCAGCAACUAUCGCAGCAUCUUUGCCCUGGCGCAGCGUCGUCCCUUGGAAUCGCAGCUGUCGCAGCCGCCGGCAAAGCCACCACGCACUUCGCUCUGUGCCGCCCUAAGCACGCCCAGCCGCAUCAAUGUGAGCAACAGCAACAGCAACAGCCAACAGCAGCAACAGCAACAGUUGCUGGCCGAUCAGGAGAGCGACACGGAUUCGGUGUUCUCGACGACUGCUCGCGUGCCAACGCCACCGGAGAAGUUUGCCUUGACCCGUACGCUCAGCUCGGAGACGAAUACAUCGAUAGCCAGCUCAAACACCUCCACACUGACAUCCGGCUCCUCGGCCGGCUCACAGGCCAGCUGCAGCUCCCUGGGCAGCACACCCACCGUGGAUCUGACGCGACGCGUGCUCAAGUGUUCGCUUAAUGGCAGCAUCAACAGCAACAGCAGCAGCAACAACAACAACAACAACAACAAUAGCUCCGAGCUGGCAUUGGGCAAUCGGAAGAGCAUCCUGGCGUCGGCCAAGUGCCGCAGCGCCAAGAGUCGCGGCCAGGACAUGAACAAUGACAACGACAACGAUAGCACAGACGGCGAGCCUUGUGUCUUGAACGGACGUCGUCUCAAAUCCAGUUACAAGCAACAGCAGCAACAGCAGCAGCAACAGUUGCUGGGGAAGCAGCAACUGGUCGUGGAUAAGCUAAUCAAUGUGGCUGCCUAUGUGGAGCUGACAUCGGAUACGGAUGACAGCAGUCGACGUUCGGAUACGCCGGCCAAAAUCAGUGCCAUGUUCAUUGACGAGGAGCGCAAGGCCAGCUUCAAGGCGGAUCCCACGCAGCAGUCCAAGCUGCUGCCAGUGCUGGCCAAGCCAGUGAUUAACCCGACAAACCAACCAAAACGUGACCUGGCUCUGAUCCCCACUUCGAAAACAAACAAGACCACUAUCAACAAAUCGACCAAGUCCCAGACGAGCACCGCUGAGCUCCGAGAGAAAUUUGAGCGCAGUGCUGCUGCUGCUGCGGCUGCACCACCACAACACCAACAACAACAGCAACCAUCAUCAGCAGCAGUAGCUGCACCACCAACAGCCAUGCACAAAGUUUUGGCCAGUGUUGCGAUGGUGGCAACGAAACCACAUCACGAACGCUUUAGUUCGCUUGAUUCAUUGGCAUCCAGUUCGUCGGGCGUUAGCUCGACCACACAGAAUGUGAGCACCACACAGGAGACGGCCACCGAAUUUGGCAGUUUCUCAUCGCUGGGCAGCAAUCAGAGUUUGAUCACCGCACAGGAUGUCCAGCAGAUUGUGGAGGAGGCCGAUCCGCCACUGAAGACGCCCGAGGCAUUCAUCAUUGUGCUGCAACGGGAUACGCCAGAGAGCAGCAUUGGCAUCACGCUAGCCGGUGGCUCCGACUACGAGGCCAAGGAGAUAACCAUCCACAAGAUACUGGUAAACACGCCGGCUGCCAAGGACGGACGCCUGAAGAAGGGCGAUCGCAUUCUGGCCGUGAAUGGCAUGAGCAUGCGAGGAUUAACCCAUCGCGAGUCGAUCAGCGUGCUAAAGACACCCCGUCCAGAGGUUGUCUUAGUGGUUACUCGCUCCGAAUCGCUUGUGAUCAAACCGCUGAACAAGAAACGCUCCUCGCUGGGCUCGCUCAGUUCGCUGAAUGAGAAGCCCACCGAGUUGGAUUACGAGCGCAAGCGCAACUAUCACAAGGCAUCGCGGUCCCUCGACCUCGAUCUGGACAUUGUGUCCAAUGAGAGUGGCAGCGGUGCCACCACAGUGCCCAGCACACCCAGCACGCCCAGCACUGGCACCAACAGUCCCCAGCAGCCGGCCAGUCUGCUGGACGAGGCAAAUGGCAACGAUGCGGAGGCAACCAUUGCCGGCAUCCGCGCAAGGCGCCAACUCUCGCGCGGCGAUGCCGCCAAGUUGAGCACCAGUGAGCUGCUCGAGCGCGCAGCCGAGGCACGUCAAGCAAUUGCCGCUGAGAUUCGAGCGCAUGCUGAGGAUGCUGCUGCCGGCGGCGGUGCUCGUUGUGUUGAGAUUAUCAAGGAUAGCUGUGGUUUGGGUUUCUCCAUUGAUGGUGGCUUUGACUCGCCGCUGGGUAAUCGCCCGCUGAUUGUCAAGAAGGUUUUCAUGGGUGGCGCUGCCAAGAAGACCAAUCAGGUGCGCAAUGGCGACGAGAUCCUCAGCAUCAAUGGCGCAUCCACGGCGCGCAUGACACGCGUCGAUGCCUGGAACUAUAUGAAACAGCUGCCGCUGGGUCCGGUCAAGAUUUCAUUUGCCUAAGCAAAGGCGGAGAUGAGAUGAUAAAAAUUGAUGAUAAACAAUGCGCCACAAUUUGUUAGAUUUAAGGCAAAAACAAAAAACAAAAAGGAAAAAGAAACAGAGUUCGACGUUUUGUAUCUGCAUUUAGAGAACGAUCUUUGCGUGUUAUCUUAAACAUAUAUAUUUAAAUAAUUUAAAGUGCAAUUGCUAAAACUUUUUCUAAUUUUUAUGAGGCGUGGCCUUAAUCAGCGCCCCAUAAAUACAUAUAUACAUACAUAUAUAAAUAUAUAUACGUUAUAUAACGAUUGAUUGUACAUAACUAUAUUAACUAAUUUACGUAUUUAAAUCUUAAAAUCGAUGCGAAGAAAUUAAAAAUUUUUGCAACAACGGUAUUUUCUAAUACAUAAUAUUGGUAUGAAAUUUCUAAAUGCAAACCACACAAAAAAACAACAUGAAAUUCAAGAAAGUAAAACAAUA